AUAAUGACUGGCGACAUUUAACUCAAGCUCCAUGGUGGUCGUGUUGAGGUUGAACUUGAUGCGCUCGUCCGGUUCGGGCUUGGAUUUUCUUAGAAGCCAGCCAGUCUAUAGAAAGGCUCCAACCGCCGAUGCUGCCCCUGGUGUUACCGCCUUGUCCGCCGCGGAGGAGGAGGACGCCGGCUUCCGCAAAGACGAAGCCCAGUGCUGCGGCUCGACCGAGAACAUGACGAUGCGAGUGUACGACUUGAAGAGGUAGAUGCCGCCGCCACCACCACCGGUGAUGUCGAUGAAUUUGAGAUGAUAGAUCACCACGCCCCGCUUGAGCUCGGGCAGCGGCUGCUGCAAAUUGCCGUGCUCGUCGUCCGCGUCGUUCCCGCUGUCGGUGCGGUUGGUGCUCUUGAAAGGCUCGAGCGCGGUCGUGAAGCGGGUGAGCACCUUGUCGAGCUCCGCCAGGCGCAUCUUCCCAACCCGGUCCAGACCGCUGAGGAUGCGAGCGAGGACCAUGGCGUAGAGUUCGGCUCGAGAAACCUCCAGGUCCAGGCCGCCGGUCCCGCAUCCUCCCUCGCACUCAGUGUACAUGGACGCCAGUGGGCCGUCGGUAAUGGCAUGGAUGGUUGCCUCCGUCUUCUCGUUGAAGGCUGCCACGUCCUCGCUGAGAUUUUUGAAGUUGUAGUGGCGGUUGGUGCUGGUUCCGUCUCCGUCACCCUCUCCUUCGCCGCCGCCGCUGUAAUCAGGCCUCAACCGGACGAGGUCCAUGCUCGCAAAGAUGCGUGCCAAAGCCGACGCACCUGGCAGGGCAGUGAACAUGUGUCCCUGCUCCGGGUCUCACCCCAAAGGUUCGAAGGCGAAGAAGUAGGGCGGAGGGGCAGUCUCUUGCUUGAUUACGGCUGUGGGCUGGGCUAUGGCGACGCGCAAAUGUUGCUUCAGGUCGGCCAUGUCGUCCAAUGCUUCCUUGUCUUGCAGCAUCAGGACCCGAGGAGAGAUCAGCUGAGGUGCUCAUGUUUGGCGGGUUUCCCUUGGUAAGCGAUGGCUUUGCUGAAGGGUUGGCAGUGUGUGAUGCCGAGGUCGCAAGAUGGCAA